GCCAGCAUCCAUCACUGAAAGCAUGGUUAAAUGCUUGGACGGAUUUAAACCAUGCAAGUUAUUGAUUGGUCCCAGAGAUGGGUGAUAAUAAAUAUCCUUGGCAGACCUGCUGAAACUUAAGGAAGAAGGGGAGGAGAAAAGCAGAAUUAUUUAAAAAAAAUGUUCGCCUCUCCUCAUGUUCAUUGCUGCAGAGGACUGCGGAGGAGCUGAAGAGAUCGAGCUCCUGCAUACAGACUGGGGAACUUGCGCUUUCUACCAUCUCCCCACUUGGAUUCCAUCUCUUUCACUUGAGGAGAACUAAGACAUUGUAAGCCUGCCAAGGAUCUGGUGUCUGCUGAAAGGAGAGAAGGGAGGGGGUGAUGGUGAAUUUGUACCACAGUAGGGUCCUUUUUAGAUCCGCACAUAAUUAGAGUCGGGGCACAAAGCGGGACGCUGAAUGGAUAUUGUCAGCUUUUGGAUAGGGGUGAGUAGGAAUCUUUUCAGAUAAGAUUGCUCUAUGAGGACAUUUUUUUUUUCAUCAUUCCUCAUCAGCCACUGUUUGAUCUCUGUCAUAAGCAAAGAGACAAUCAUUUUGGACAAGGAUUUCCUCCGCUGACCAAAUGAGAAAUAAUAAUUGAACCGGUGUUGAGAUAAAAUACAUACAAAGAAAAAAAGCAAACAAAAUAAAAUCUGAUGUUUGACAUAUAAUGUGAUAGGUGGACAAAAAAAAAUUCAGAGUGAAUGGACAUUUGCUCUGUAAAAUCCCUGGAUAUUUACGCUGAUGGAUUUCCUCCUAAUUGGACUGUAUUUAAAGUGGCCAGUGAAGAAGCCCCCUGGGUUGAUACUGUUUUCAUUGGGCAUUUUUUUAAGAAUGGUUCCCAUGGUGCAGGGGGUUUGUCCGAGGCUGUGCCGCUGCGACAGCAAGCUGCUGUACUGUGAGGGGUUGAACCUCACAGACAUUCCCCAGAAUUUGAGCAGCGCCAUGGGCUUGUCCAUGAGAGAGAACAACUUGACUGAACUGCGUGAAGGCCAACUGGCUGGCCUGUCACAGCUAACCUGGCUCUACCUUGAUCACAACAAUAUUGACAUUGUGGAGGAGGCUGCAUUUGACAAGCUAAGGCGGGUCAAAGAAUUAGACUUGAGCAGCAACCGAAUUGAGGGCCUGCCAAAUGGCACUUUUAGGCCCCUCCCAAACUUGCGCAUCUUGGACAUCUCAUACAACAAGCUGCAGGCUCUUGAGCCUGACUUGUUUCAUGGCCUUAGAAAGCUCACCAAUCUGCACUUGCGCUACAACGCUCUCAAAUUUGUGCCAGUACGGAUUUUUCAAGACUGCCGGAGCAUGCAGUUCCUCGACUUGGGAUACAACCAACUGCAGAGUUUAGCACGGAACUCCUUUGCUGGACUCUUCAAGUUGACAGAGCUGCAUCUUGAGCAUAACAACCUGGUUAAAGUAAACCUAGCCCAUUUCCCUCGUCUCAUCUCUUUACGUACCCUGUAUAUGCACAGCAAUCGAGCAACAAUUGUAGUUAAUACCCUGGAAUGGACAUGGCCUUUCUUGGACAAGAUUGACUUAUCUGCCAAUGAAAUUGAGUACAUUGAGCCACAUGUCUUUGAGAGUGCACCCAACCUCAAGGUAUUGAUGCUAGACUCCAAUCGGUUGACGUCCAUGGACCAGCGCAUCUUGGAUUCAUGGUCCUCCUUGAACAGCAUUACCCUGGGAGGGAAUGAUUGGGAAUGCAGCCGCAAUGUUUGUGCCUUGGCCUCUUGGUUGAGUGCCUUUCAGGGGCAACGUGACAAUUCAUUGCUAUGUUCAAGCCCAGACACUGCUCAAGGCGAGGAUGUCUUGGAUGCUGUCUAUGCUUUUCAGCUCUGUGAAGAUCCCCCACUGGAAGUUACCUCAGCGGGUCUGCACGCCUCCACAAGGGACCUGGUUCAAGGUGGCUCUGUGUUCCUUGGCCCUUUUACCCCCAACCCUUAUGAUGGCGAGGACGGUAAAGUGCUCCCUAGUUCUUUCACUGUCACCGUAGGACAUGACGACCUGGAGAGUACCAUGCAGAUCCACAAGGUUGUCACUGGCACAAUGGCACUCAUCUUUUCCUUCCUCAUUAUUGUGCUCAUGUUAUAUGUGUCAUGGAAGUGCUUUCCAGCCGGAAUAAGACAAAUGAGGCAAUGUUUCAGCAGUCAGCGUCGUAAACAGAAGCAAAAGCAAAGCAUGCAGCAGAUGGCCACAAUUUCUACGCCAGAGUACUAUGUUGACUAUAAGCCGAACCAUAUUGAGGGAGCUUUGGUAAUCAUAAAUGAAUACGGCUCCUGUACUUGCCAACAGCAACCUUCUCGGGAAUGUGAGGUUUGACCUGGGGUUGAUCGCACAUUAUCACCCGUGAUUAAUUGACGAUCGGCUAAAUAUUUUUUUGAUACACUUAAGGUGAAGGAUUAAAUGUAUAUUUUGGUCACACUUUACACAGCUUCUCACUGUGAUAUGGAAUGAGUUUUCUUCAUGCAGCUGGUCAUUUUGCUGUGGAGUUCCAUCUUUUUCUUUAAUGAUUUGCAGCUACAAGGCAAAAUGGGCACCUGACUUUUGGAACUGUUGACUUAAUAGCAACACAGAGAGGGAUACAUUAGAAGCUGCGCACACUUUUUUUUUGCUUGAGUGAUGGAUAUUUUAGCUUUAAUAUGUCUUUCUACUUCAUUGACAUGUAAAUACGCUGUGGACACAUAAAAAAAAAGAAAAAUAUUUGUAUUAUGGUAAACAGUUUUUGACAAGGAUCUAACAUAUAUGAAAUAUUUAAGUUGGAUUAAAAAUGUAAAGAUAUAACAAUGUGUAAAAAUGUUUAAAGCAGUGGAACUGUGGAAAAAAUGCUGAAGAUACAUUUCUUUUGUAAACAAAAAAAUAUUUAAAUAAAUAAAUUGCUAUUCACAGUGAAAACACUUGUAUGUGAGACACUUAUCAGAAGGAUGGGUGACAACAUUGCUCGGCAAGCAAUACCUCUGCAGUCCUUUGACCACAAAAUAAAAAUAACAAACUAGCUAAUUGACUAGAUAAAGGGACAGAGAGAUAUUGGCAUCUCAAAUGUAAUGUCCAUAAUUUACAUUUUACUCAAUAUAUUUUAAAUCAAAUGUGUUGAUUUAUAAUUCACUCUGUUGGUUCACGAGCAGUGUAGUUUGAUCCUCUUUUAAUUAAAAAUAGUUUGAUGAAGGAAUUUCAUUCUGACCAUUUGACACAUUUUCAAUUCAUAAUAUCUGUGAACCAUCAAAGUAAAGAAAGCAGAGUGUCAAAUAUAUAAAUCGGUCAUUGCUACUUAAUAUUUGGCUUUCCUGGUGGCUUCACUGACUCAAGCACAUAGAGAACAACAUUUAAAGCAGAAGUACUUACAUUUAAAAUGCAAAUCACUAUGAGUCAUUAACCAGCUUCAAGGGAGACAGAUUUUUUAAUAUGGUGUGUUUUCAUGUUAUGUGAAAUGUUUGUUGGACACAUUUUCAUGUGUAUAUACAUAUAGAUACUUUUUUUGGGUGUUGUGUACAUUUUUUAUUUCCUCUGUCUUUUCACAUGAGCUGCUGUAUUUUGUGGGAGGCAGUGGGGACUGUAAAAUGGACACUGAGGAUCUCAACAACUGUAGAAAGAGGGAACAGACUGCUCUCUAGUGUGCAUACAUUUACAGAGUGUGGCUGCUUUUUGCUUAUUGUACACUAGGUUGUGACUCUCAACUCCCACAAUAGUGGAAGCAAACGAUGACUUUAAAAUGGAUUUUGUGGAGGGAAAAAAAAAUCCCAGCAUCAUUUCACGUUAUUUUGAUAUAAAUUCAAAUUAUGUUUACAAUGUAUUAUUCAGCAGGAAUAAUAAAUCAAACAAAUAUGUUUUCAGAAUUUACCCAAGACAAUCUUUCUAAUAAAGAUGAAAGGUGAUGCAUACGUUUUGAACUCAACAUGGAGAAUCCGCAUUUAAUAGCAUCCAUGCUACAUGUUCAGAAAUUGUAAAGACUUUUACUGGGUUUGAACCAUAACUUUACUUUUACUGGGCUGUUUUCCUAUGGUGGAUAGGUUGUGAAACUGAAUUGGAAUUUAUAGCAGACUUUUGUGGUUUUGUGUGGGGGGGACAAAACAAAAUUGUAACCUCUGAAAAUAUAAUUAAACAGUAUAUUGAUUUUUUUGGGGGGGUGAAGUAUGACUCACUUGGUUAAAAAAAAAUUCUGAAAUUUUUAAUUGAAAAUAAGCAUUUCAAGAUGCGCCCUAUAAAAUAGUUGAUAAAUGCUAGUUGAGUAAACAGUUAUUUGGAACCAAAACUAAGUCUACAAUAUAUCUAAAAAAUAUAACUACAUAUAGAGAAAACAGAUUGUAGGUUCAAAGUGAAAGCAAAUUUGUCUUAUGGUUAUUCCAAUAGAUACGUCCAUCAUUAUUGAUAUUUUCAACCCAGUCCAUCCUUGCCAGCAGUGACAGGGUGAACUAUUCAACUUAAAUGUAAUUUAUCAGUGAACAUUUAUCACGAAUAAUGGUUAUUAGUUGCCAUGUGAGAUUUAUGAUCCAGUUCUUAUUUGACCAAUUUGAAGAUUCCACACGGCUGUUAAGCAUAAGCUGAUACCCUGUAAAUGCCAAACGCUGCAUGUGCAAUGGUGUAUCAGGAUGAGGAAGUAUAUUCAAGUUAUUCUCUCGUCAUCAUAUCUAUCAAGCAAUUUUGUCCUUAGCUGUCCUUUACGGUACGUCACCGUCUGUUCGACAUGCGACUGAUGAAUCUUAAGAGUGUGAAGCUUCAUUUGUUUGAAUAUUGGAUGGUGUCUGCCAUUGAGGGCAUUGUUGGCACCACAAUUUAUUUCCGUUCACUUUUUCCUUAAAUAAGCAAUGAGAGCAAAACGUUAUGGAGAA